AUGAAGGCCACCGCCGAGGCGACGCCGAUGUACACAGCCGGUGUCUUGUCUGGUUCUUCUCUUGCGAGGACCUUCGUCGAUCCCGCAUGGGCUCCACGGAAGCGAAGGUGCCGCCUUCCCCUCCCGCUGAAGCAUCAGCCGGGGGUUCCACUCCAGAUCGGCCCUGAUCCCGUCGCCCCCGACGCCCUGCGGCCGCCCGUCGCCGUCCACCGUCGCCUGAGGUCUUCGCCGGUGUUGCCUCCUCGCCUCCUCCCUCAACAGCCACCUCGUCGGACCGCCACCUCGCUGGACUGCCUCCCCGUCUCCGCCAUCGUCCCCAUCCUCCUCCCCGCGCCCCACUGCCACUCCCCUAUGGCCACCGUGAGCAUGCACCCCUCCUCUCUCUCCCCUGUCUCCCACACGCUCGCGCACGCACACCCUCGUCCCGCUUCGCCCGCCUCCGACGCGCCGUCGCCCGCACUGGCCUCCCCUGCCUCUGCUCCAGGCCCGGUCGCGCCUGCAGCACUCCGCUGCCGCUCCGCGCCGUGGCCUCGUGCUCGCCACCUCACCUUUCCCCGCUUGCCUCCCGGCGUGACUGCCCGCCGGCUGGCCGCGCCCGCUCACGGAGCGCUCCCGCCCCUGCCUCGCGCACGUCGCCCUUCGCGCCCCAGAUGCGCCCGCCUUGCGCCGCGCACCUGCCCCGCUGCCGUGCUCCGCGGCCCACGUGCCCCGUGCCCCUCUCGUUGCUGCCUCGCACCCCCCACUGUUCCCCGCGCCGACGUCCGCACUCGUCGCACCCCUGUGUGCAUCCCGAGCCAUGCCCCACCACUGCUAGCCGACGGCCGCCCCCUGCCCCGCGCCAGCGCCCCCGCGACAACGGCGGCCGACCGCGCCUCCGCCGCCCUGCUCCCCUGCCAGCGCAGCGCCCUGCUGCUGCCGCGCGGCCCCUGGCUACCGGCGCUCGCGCCUGCGAGCCCCAUGGCUCUGCUCCGCUCCACCCCGUUAACCCGCGCCCGUUAG